CCUCGCCUAGAAAAGUCAUCUUCUCGCGAACCUUUUGAAUUCUUACCUUCUGAGUCACCCUCAGGGGCUAGAAUUGACUAACUCAUCUACCUUCUUCCUCAUUGCAAAAGUGGCAAGUCCCGUUUGCUACCAUGGGGGUGUUCCAAGUGAAAUAGAGUAGGGGGAGCGGGUGGUGAGUGGCACGCCUGGUUACUGGCUGCUGCUUACCUUAGGGCUAGCAAACUUAAGGCAGGAUCCGAACUGAGUGCUAAAGAACCCUUUCACUUCUCCCUGGCUCCGUUCCAGAACCAGCGCCGCCUUUCCUGGGGCGCGCGCAAUGGCCGUACCUCCUCCAGGAGUGGACCCAUCUUUAGGUACUUGCAGGACGAGGUCGCCAUGGAUCGGAUGAAGAAGAUCAAGCGGCAGCUGUCAAUGACACUCCGAGGGGGCCGAGGUAUAGACAAGACCAAUGGUGCCCCUGAGCAGAUAGGCCUGGACGAGAGUGGUGGUGGCGGCGGCGGCAGUGACCCUGGAGAGGCCCCCACACGUGCUGCCCCUGGGGAUGCUCGCUCUGGAAGGGGCGUGCUCAGCGUUGCACAAGAGAUUGUACAUGAAGACUUGAAGAUGGGAUCUGAUGGGGAGAGUGACCAAGCUUCGGCUACAUCCUCAGAUGAGGUGCAGUCGCCAGUGAGGGUACGCAUGCGCAAUCAUCCCCCACGCAAGAUCUCCACUGAGGACAUCAACAAGCGCCUAUCGCUACCAGCUGACAUCAGGCUACCUGAGGGCUAUCUUGAGAAGCUGACACUCAAUAGUCCCAUCUUUGACAAGCCCCUUAGCCGUCGCCUCCGUCGUGUCAGCUUGUCGGAGAUUGGCUUUGGGAAAUUAGAGACCUACAUCAAGCUGGACAAACUGGGCGAGGGCACCUAUGCCACUGUCUAUAAAGGCAAGAGCAAGCUAACAGACAACCUUGUGGCACUCAAGGAGAUCAGAUUGGAGCACGAAGAGGGGGCACCAUGCACUGCCAUCCGGGAAGUGUCCCUGCUCAAGGACCUCAAACAUGCCAACAUCGUCACACUACAUGACAUUAUCCACACAGAGAAGUCCCUCACCCUAGUCUUUGAGUACCUGGACAAGGACCUGAAGCAGUACCUGGAUGACUGUGGGAACAUCAUCAACAUGCACAAUGUGAAACUGUUCCUGUUCCAGCUGCUCCGUGGCCUGGCCUACUGCCACCGGCAGAAGGUGCUACACCGAGACCUCAAGCCCCAGAACCUGCUCAUUAAUGAGAGGGGAGAGCUCAAGCUGGCCGACUUCGGCCUGGCCCGGGCCAAGUCAAUCCCAACAAAGACAUACUCCAAUGAGGUGGUGACGUUGUGGUACCGGCCCCCGGACAUCCUGCUGGGUUCCACAGAUUACUCCACCCAGAUUGACAUGUGGGGUGUGGGCUGUAUCUUCUAUGAGAUGGCCACUGGCCGGCCCCUCUUCCCGGGCUCCACAGUGGAGGAACAGCUGCACUUCAUCUUCCGCAUUCUGGGAACCCCAACUGAGGAGACGUGGCCAGGUAUCCUGUCCAAUGAAGAGUUUAAGACAUAUAACUACCCUAAAUACCGAGCCGAGGCCCUUUUGAGCCAUGCAUCCCGAUUCCCUUGUCCUUGUGAUAGACUUGACAGUGACGGGGCCGAUCUCCUUACCAAGCUGCUGCAGUUUGAAGGCCGCAAUCGGAUUUCCGCAGAAGAUGCUAUGAAACAUCCAUUCUUCCUCAGUCUGGGGGAACGGAUCCAUAAACUUCCUGACACUACUUCCAUAUUUGCACUAAAGGAGAUCCAGCUACAGAAGGAGGCCAGCCUUCGGUCAUCGUCUUUGCCUGACUCAGUUGCCAGUGGAGAGCAUGGCCGUGCCAGCCUCCCACACUGAGGCCAGGCCUACUUAUCCCCCACGCUAUACCCUCUCCCAAGACCACUACCCCACGACCAGCCAGGGGUCCGGAGUUAGCCCAGGCUGGGGAUCUGGAUUCAGACAAGAUGGUGGUGAUACCUUGGGUCUGAGGCUUCCUCUGCCUGCUUUCCUGCCUGCCCUACCUGCCUCAUGUUGUGUGGGCCUCUUUUUGUUUGUUUCAUUCACUGUUUGUUUUUUUAAUUACUUUGAAUGAGGUUUUCAAUUUUUAAAAUGCAAUAUCUCUGUACAGACUGGCAGGGCCCCACCCUCAGUGUGUGGGUCCUCCCACAGUAUUUUGUGCAAUGAAUCCCCCUCUCUCAGCCUCUCAGAGGCAGGGACACAGCCCCUAUCCAGAUCCCUGACCAUCACCAGACCCUGGGGUUGGCUAAGGGAAAGCAUGCCUUGGCCACUCGACUUCCUACCCCCGCCUGCCAUUCCCAGCUGCUAAGGGACCUGGGAACUACCGGAGACUUUGGGAGUUGGAUGUGGUGUGGGGGCCCCCACUCUUUCCCACCUUCAGUUCAAUUGCUGGGGCCUCCUUCCUUCUCAGGGUUUCCCCAGCACAGCCCCCCUGCACCCUCCGUCCCGCUCGGUGCUGCUGAGUAGCGACCCUGCCGGGAACUAACCAACUCAGUGCGGAGUCAUAGUGUGUGUUUAUGCACAAACAGGGAUGGGGGUGGAGUGGGCCUAGGCAUUACCUCCCCUUACCCCUGAGAAGGAUGAGGCAGGGCAGGGAUAAUAUCCGGGGUCAGUCCCCAGAUGGGUGGUUACCUCCCCUUCUUCCACCCUAAACCCUGGGACCCUCACAUGGGAUGGGAGGGCAGGGUGGGGGCCCUCCUAGUGGGGUUUGGAGGGUUGGGUUCCUGAAUGCACCAUAAUCGCUGUAUGAAAUAUUAAAAGUCUAAAGUGAAAA